CCUGACCUAUGGGGCACUUUGGCAGCCGGCUUUUGCCAUGGAGGGAAACAGAAACAGCAAAUCCGGAACAGCACGAUGUCGAGGCAGGUCCCAGCCAGGCGUCGGGCAGUCGGAAGCGCGCACAGAGCCCUGGAGUCUCCAGCCCCAGCUACGGGAAAAAAAUGAAGGUCAUAUCCAAGUACGCUUACCAUGCUUUAUUUCUGAAUGGGGAAAGCAGUGAUAUUAAAGUCCAAGCUCUGGGCAAAGUGUGGUGCUUACACAAAACGUUCUUAUGCCAGUCGGCUUAUUUUGCUGGUAUAAUCGGAGGUCUUUCAGAAGACUCACACGAUGGUAUUAUUGAUGUGGAGAUUUCUGACGACAACGUGGACGUGCACUCUUUGCACUUUGCGCUGGGCUCGUUAUACAGGCAUGACGAGGUCUCCGUGGAGCCCCUUGACGCUCCAAGGGUUUUGGCAGCUGCAAAGCUGCUUCAGGUAGAGGACUUAAUUCAGCAGUGUGCUAAGACAAUGAGGGAAACGAUUCAUGUGAAAACUGUGUGUGCUUACUAUGUGGCAGCUGAAACAUAUGGGCUAGAUCUUGUAAAGAAAUGCUGUUUGGAGUGGCUUCUUCACAAUUUAAUGGUACACCCAAGUGUCGAGCUCUACAAGAAAAUUGGUAUAGAGCUCAUGAAUUUGCUCAUCUCUUCUUCGAAUUUAUUAGUAAUGCAAAAGGAAAUGGAUGUCUACACCACGCUGAAAGAAUGGAUGUUCCUUCGCUUCAACCUUGCUUGGAAAGGCUCAAUGAAACAACUUUUAGUUAGUGCUAACAUCUGGCUUUCCAGGUACACGGAACAAGCUGGGAACAUCACCUUUCUCGAGACAAAUGAAGGCCUGAUAUUUCAACCAGUGUUUAAGUCAUUGAGAUUUCAGCAUAUCAUCUGUGACCUGGCUGCCGCAACAGUUAUUGAGCACGAUAACGUGAUACCUCCAGAGUGGUUAUCAUGUGUUUACAAACAGCAGUGGCUCACCUUGCUACGGGCACAGCAAUGCAAAGACAUUUGGCCUCGGUGCAUUGACGAAACAGAACUUGAAAGAUACAGCAUGAGGUGUGGUAAAAGGAUUAUCAAGGCUGGAAGGUACUCUUGGAAGUGGUCAGGUUACACUUUUGGCCUCCCGUUACACGUCAUCUUUAGCAGUCACUACAUACUUUUCAAGCAAAAUACAUUUGGUCAGAAAUGUGAAGGUUCUGCCUGUACACAGUUUCUACGAAAUAUUGUGUUCCGGUUAACCUUGGUGUAUUUUGACUCUUGUGGGAAAAUACGCUUCAGCAAGACAACUGGUUAUAAAAUCCUGACCUUUGAAAAGGAUGAAGAGCAAGUGAUAAUGAGGUUGGAUAGUGUAGUUCUCAACUUCCCGUUAUAUAUAUUCUGCAACUUCCUGUUUAUGCCGCUGGAAAAUAUGGGCAACUGAUCUCAUCAGCUUGAAUAUCCCAACAUGCUGACGUGAAAUGCUUAUUUAGUAAUUUCAUGUAAUGGCAGAAAUGUGAACACAAUGCAAAGAACUGGUAACUUCACAACUAUCUACUGUUCAUCUGUUGCUGUGAAGACAAACUUGAACUGCAAGAAAAUAUCUGUCAAGCUGAACAGCGAAUGAGGCUGGCAUUU